AUUGCAAAUGGCGUCAAAUAUCAUUGUGUUUUGACAUUUAUGUUGUAGACAGAUAGAGAAUUAGUUGACAAUAAGCAAUGGAGCGAUACACGCUCGAAGAACGCGGAAAUAUUGUUACUGCUUAUUUGACGAAUUUUCGGUCUGUUGUUUUAACGCAGCGGGAAUUUCGUCGUCGUUUUCCUCGUCGUCCUGCACCUUGUGCGCGAACAAUUAAGCGUUUGGCUGAGCGUCUCGUGCAAACUGGGUCCACUAGAGAUGCUGCAAGAAGUGGCCGGCCCCGAAAUGCUCGUUCGGUUGAGAAUAUCGCUGCGUUGGCCGAGGACGUCCAAGAGAGUCCACAAACAUCGACGAGACAACGAUGCACACAAUUCGGUAUCAGCAGACGUUCAUUGCGUCGAAUUUUGGUGAAAGACCUGAAGUUGUUUCCGUAUAAAGUCCAAACCGUUCACCAAUUGCUGCCUGCUGACCGUCAAGUGAGGUUAACUUACUCCCAUGCUCUCUUAAACCUGGUGCAAGAAGACGAUGAUUUCGUAUCCAAAAUCAUAAUGAGCGACGAAGCCCAUUUCCACUUAAGCGGUUAUGUGAACAAACAAAAUAUGCGUUUCUGGGGUACGGAGAAUCCACAUGAAAUGCACGAAGAGCCAUUGCAUCCCCUCAAAGUGACUGUUUGGCUUUUUGAAAUCUCGCGUUUACCGCAACAAACCACAAACCCUGCAACUCUUGAAAGCUAACAUUAAAGA